CAGGCAGGUUUGUGAGCUUAAGUGGUGAGGAGCGGAACUAUCAUCCGGUUGUGCACCUGUCACCAUGGUUGAGACACGUACUGGCAAGACUACCACCCCUUAUACAAAAGCUCAGGAAGAGCAAGCCGCCGCCGUACUUGAAGAGAGGAAAGAGGAGGCCAAGAAGGAGUUGAUUAGGGAGGCCAAAAAGUUGGCCUUACAGCAGGAGCAUGCGGCGAAGAUGAAGAAGUUGGAGGAAGAGAUGGAGAGACUGAGAAAAAGGAGGUUGAAGAGAGGAUGAAGGAAGUAGAAGAAGAAGAGGUAGAAAAAGAGGAGGAAAAGGAGGAGCCCUUGGAGAGAAGACGCAUGAAGGAGAGAGGUGAGUCCAAUGGCACGAAGGAGGAAUCAAGGCUGGAAAAGAAGAUCUCUGAGUGGGUAGCUAACUUAUCUCUGGGAGAGGAGGAAGAGCCCAUCUUGUAUGGUUCCCCAAAGGAGAAGGAAGCCGUAAUUAAGGAGUGGGAAGCGGAACAAGAUCCCUUAAGACGCCAGACAAUCGAGGACGAGAAGAAGUUAGAAUGGAAAUUGCGUCUAAUGAGGGAGAGGAACAGAAGGAUGGAUGAGGCGAGUCAAAUAGCGAGGGAGUUGGAGGUGAUGAAGGAGCAACGAGCGCAGAUCCAGGCACAAGCUGACAUACAAGGGAAACUAGAUAUUAUGUAUAGGAACAUUGAGCUCUUAGCUAGGGCUUGGGAGGAGCAGUAUCAGUUUUCGAGAGCCCAAGAUAUGACCUUACACUCCAUACGCUUAGGCUUUCGAGAUUUCGCACAUGAGAUGAUGCGGCACGUAGGUGCUGAGGUGCAGGCGAGAUUGGAGGGCACAAAGAAGUUUUGUACAGGCGUCACUGAGAGCGCAAAGCUGGCUGUACCAAAGGAGGAAGAGCUACGCCCUCGUAGAGAGCUGCUUAAGAUGAAGUUUCCUGAGUCCUACGACGGGAAGAAAGAGGAAAAUUUCGAUAAUUGGGAGGCCAACGUAAAUACAUACGUUUAUUUACAGCACAUAGUGCCAGAGGAACAGGUCCUCAUCACCUUCCAAGCCCUCAAGGAUGAGGCCGCCAACUUUACUAGAUCGCUCGCUCGCGCUACACAGUGCAAGAAUAACAUGGUCACUUAUUAUAAGAUCACCCCUCACGCGAGGCGUUAGGGCCUCUGACAAACUGCAGACUAUCCACUCAUGCCAGUGGAGGAGUACCAAAUCACUCAAAGGCGUAAUGGACGAGCUUGUAGCCGUUC